AUGGCAUCUGCGGCCUUGUCUACCCCCAGAGGUCUGCUGCCGACUGUGCUGCGUUCUGUGGGCUACAGGUCGGCGCCACUGGCCCUCUGUGUGGGGGCCAUGGCUACUGCUCUCGGAAUGCCUUCACUGGAGCAGGGGAGUGUGUGUGCGAUCCCAACUACAUGGUCAGCAGCACCAACUCCAACAUCUGUGUGCCUGGACAAGCCGUUUCAUCAACCUUCCAAAAGUCCCUUCCACCCGUUGCUUCUGCCCCCCUUUCCUCCAGCUGCGCACACAUCGCUGGCAUCGGCCUUGGCGUACGUCUCCCUUGGGGGCUCUGCCUCGCUGCUUUCCAACGGCUCCAUUCUGCUCACCAGCGGCGCUGCCAGCCAGCAAGGCUCUGCCUUCGCGUCGCCUGCCAUGCGCCUCUUCUACAUUCCUGACAAGCGCUCUCCCUGCGGCACCCAGCUGGGCUUCCGAGUUGCCUUCAGCUUCGCAAUGAUCCCCGGGGAUCAGGGGGCGGGUGGGGAAGGCCUUGCGUUUGUGGUGGCAGCAGCUGCUGCUUCGGGCAAGGGGACAAGCGUGGGGCUGGGAGGGGUGGGGAAGCGGAGUGUGGCGGUGGAGUUUGACUCGGUGCUGAGUGUGAAGCACAGCGACCCCAACGACAACCACGUGGGCGUCAAUGUGGGCGGCUCACCUGUGUCCCUCGCCUCUGCCACGGCCCCUCUCAUCCUCAACGACGCCCACACCAAGCACGCCUGGAUCCACUACGACCCCACCAGCGCCGGCACCCUCCGAGUCUUCCUCUCCUCCGACCCCCACCAGCCCCCCACCCCGACCCUCACAGCAAGCGUGUCUCUCUGCUCCGUGCUCAAGCCCACUGCAUCCGACUCUCUCUUCCUCUUCGGCUUUGUCGCCCUCUCAGGCAGCCAGCCUCAAAGCCAUGCCGUUUUGACCUGGAACUUCAUCACAGGUAGGCUUCAUUUUGACCUUGCACUGCACCGUAUCCUGCCCCAGCUGUUUCUGGCUGUAACAUUCAUCUUUCCUCUACCUUUUGUACUUUCCAAUCUAUAUUCGUUUGCCUAG